AAAUUAUUGGUAAAGUUAUGUGCACCGAAAAUAGCUUUCUGUCACUGCGCACUUUCCUCUCUUCGAAUUUGGCCUUCGUAUGAUUGCAUCAACUGUUGUUGCUGCGAAGACGAUGACCUCUGCCUCUCUCUCUGACCAAUUCUCAUUGAGUCAUUACCCAUUUUGAUCCUUCUGUCUUCAAUCGAAGUCAAUUUCUGUUUCCGGUUUGGGAUUCUUCGCGUUUACGCUUUUAAUUUUUGGUUAUAUAUUUGGUUUGUGAAAAUUUUGUGGAAUUGCUCUGUCAAGGCUGUGUUUGGCUCUGAUUUCCUCAUUCUGAUGAUUUACUUCACUCAAAUCGACAAAUCAACGCUGAAUUUCUCGCCCACUCACCAUUUUCUGUACUCGACUCCCUCCAAUUUUUACCACUUAGGUGUUUUCUAUAUUAACUGCUUAAAUUGCUUCCGCUUCCGUCUUAAAAUUUGAUACGGGCUUCAUCCCGCUUGUGUUUGCUUGUUUUCAUUUUUUGGUUGUGGGAAAUCCACCAUUUCUUUGUCAAGUUCUGUUUUGUGAAAUGGGGGAUCGGCUGAAGUCGAGUUCGAUGGACGACUUGCCUCUCCACUUAAUUCUCGAAAUUUUGACCACUGGUCGACUGAGCGCUGUAGAUUUAGCGUGUUUGGAGUUGACUUCCAAGAUGUUUUGGGCGAGUCAUGGAUUGUUUUCUCAAAAGUUUCGGUCUUUAGUGGAUUUUGCUGCCUUCAGGCUCUGUGAAUCACACCCAAUUUACUCGUCGCUUCAGCAAAAUGCUCAGAAGGAGCUUUAUAAUCGCUGCAAUGGGAAUUGGAAACGGGCAUUGAGGUUCUUGCAUUCUGUCGAGCAAUCUUCUAAGAUGGUUCAAACCUCUGCAGGCAAUAUGCAGAUUACCAGUGGAAGAUAUCACACUUUGCUAAUCAAUGAUCUGGGAGUGUACUCUUGUGGUUCCAGCUUAUGUGGCGUUCUUGGUCAUGGUCCUGAAACAACAAAUUGUGUAUCAUUUACCCCAAUCAGUUUUCCAUGUCAAUCUCAAGUGAUUCAAGUCUCAGCCUCCCACAAUCAUGCAGCCUUUGUCACACAGUCGGGACAGGUUUUCACUUGUGGAGAUAAUUCAUCAUUUUGUUGUGGUCAUAGAGAUACAGUCCGUCCCAUAUUCAGACCAAAGCUUGUUGAGGCUAUGAAGAAUAUUCCUUGCAAACAGGUAGCUGCAGGGCUGAGCUUCACAAUGUUCCUUACAAGCCAGGGCCAUGUCUAUACAUGUGGGAUCAAUACACAUGGUCAACUUGGUCAUGGUGAUACACAGGAGAGGCCUACACCACAGAAGGUGGAACUCCUCGGAUGUGUUGCUUCCAUUGUUCAGAUUGCUGCAGGACCCACUUACGGUCUUGCUGUGGCAGAUAAUGGAACACUGUUUUCUUUUGGUUCUGGCACCAAUUUCUGCCUUGGCCAUGGAGAGCAGCACAAUGAACUUCGUCCUCGAGCAGUUCAGUCAUUCGAUAGGAGGGGUAUUCAUGUGGUUCAGGUGUCUGCUGGCGACGAGCAUGUGGUUGCUCUUGAUUCUAGUGGACAUGUUUAUACUUGGGGCAAAGGUUAUUGUGGUGCAUUGGGUCAUGGAGAUGAAAUCGAUAAGACGACUCCUGAACACCUUACCAGCCUCAGAAAACACCUUGCCGUACAGGUAUGUGCUAGCAAGAGGAAAACAUUUGUUCUGGUGGAUGAUGGAUCUGUUUAUGGCUUUGGUUGGAUGGGCUUUGGGAGCCUUGGCUUUCUGGAUAGGGCAGUCUCUGACAAAGUAACGAGGCCUCGAGUCCUGGACAGCCUAAGAUCCCACCACAUUUCCCAAGUCAGCACGGGCUUGUAUCACACUGUUGUAGUCACGAAACAGGGGCAGGUUUUAGGGUUCGGAGAUAAUGAAAGAGCACAGCUGGGGCACGAAUCCUACAGGUGCUGCCUCCAACCGAUAGAGAUAUCCAUGGAAGGUGCAGUAAGUGGUGCACAUGGAUGAACAAACAAAUUGAUGUUUGUUACCCGCACACUAAUCGCGUAACCUCGCCAGAUUGCGGAUACAACACAUUCCUAUUUUUCGACAGUGGCUUGUGAUUUUUAUUGGUGAGCUUUGUUCCUUUGUACUCCUUUAAUGGUCAUUUCCUGAAUUAGUCAUUGUGUUUACAUCUUAUAGUGUGCUUUGAAAUUGUAUUUUCCUACAAAACUACCUAUUGUGGAAGAUAAUUAUACAUUAUUGUCCUAACCCUUUUUUGAUGAGAAGUUAGUUCUCCAUUAUUUCUCACAUUUCAACAGUGAUUUCUUAUAUGAUCCCUUUGAUCUGA